UGCUUCUCAACGCUAAGCACACAUUUAUAUCCACUACCAAGAAUAAAGAAAAAAAGUAGUUAGCAUAAUUGUAUGUAUGCCCAGUUCCGGGUAUAAAACUAAUAGAGUUUCCUUUCUAUAGUGUUCGAGAAGGGGGGGAAGAAGGAAGCUGGAUCUGCGACGAAGAUCUCCGUAAAACACCAGCAGAACUACGAAUUGUAGCUAAAAACAAUUUUUUUUAGAUCCAACAGGGCAAUGCGCGUGGAUAGGAGACUCCUCCAGGUCCGGCAACAAUUUUUCCGACACGCUGGGCACUUUCUUUGGUUUCACACUCGCACCUUCGCUCUAUGUUGCCUCUCUCUUUUCUUUCUUCCAACAAUCUAUAACGCCGCAGAAGAAAAAAAAUUAUUACACUGCUAUCCACAUAUGGCCGACAGCAGCACCACCAGCAGCAGUAGCAGCAGCAGUAGCAAUAACAAUACCAAUAAUAACGCACCUAGCGCUGGUCGGCCACAGGUUUCUCGGUCGACAUCCGUAACCAAGUCGACUCGAACUACCCAUCAACGCAAACCUUCUCUCAACAUUCCAAGCAAUCUCUAUCCCAUUCCCGAAAAAGUCACUCUUAACAACACCAACGCUAACAUCAUGCCACCUCCUCCAUUACCAUCGUCUUCGUCUGUUGUUCCACCGCCAUCUUCACCAAAACGUCUCCGCUCAUCAUCAUCAUCAUUUAGCUGGCGCACCUUAUUGCAUCGCAUCGAUUUCUUUCUCAAACCUUCUGGUCCCCUCUUACCACAAGACAAGCAUGGUGCCGCAUUCGGUGGCACUGGAAAGAAAUCGCGUAUUUCUCAAAUAGUACGAUCGCGAUCCGUUCGUUUCCUGUUUCUUUUUUACGUCGUCUUUUCGGUAUUCUUAUCCAUCAAUCACUUAUGGCAUUGGAUGUUUGGUGCUGACACGGUUCAACUGGAUGCCCGGUUUGGCGAUCAAUGGAAACCACAACGACCUUAUGAUCAAGGUAAGAGAAAGAAGCGAGCAGGGAGCAAUACACUUAUUUAAAAGUAAAAGGAGCAUUAACUGUGAAGCCAACUGGGCACACAACCCUUCUGGUUAAAGGCAUCAAAGCCGGCACAAGAGAACGAUAUCACGCUUGUCACCACAGUGACCCCUGGAAGCUGGUCAGAGCUAGUGCGUUUAGCAGAACAGUGGCAAGGACCGGUCUCAGUG